UCGGAUGCAUGUAAAAUAGACGGGCAGCAUCGACAUGUCGGCCACGGGUCCCUUAAGUAAUUAUUAUGUAGAUUCCUUGAUAAACCACGAAAGCGAGGAUGUUCUUGCGGCUCGAUUCUCGGCUUCUGGUUCGCACCCUACCGGCCCUCGUCCGACGUCCCUCGUAUCGGAGUGUGGUGACUAUCCCUCCUGCAGCUUUGCCUCUAAACCAUCCGUUUUCACUACAUCCUGGACCCCUGUUCACUCCCAGUCCUCAGUGGUUUACCAUCCAUACAGCCAUCAACCUCAUCUAGGAACGGACUCAAGGUAUGUGCGGUCAUGGCUGGAGCCGAUCUCGGGGGCAAUGUCCUUUCCAGGCUACCCUGCCAACGCCAGACACUAUGGGCUGAAGCCCGACGCCUUCCAGGAGCAUCGAGCCAGUGACUGCCUCGCCUCCAACGGACGCACCUACACGGAUUAUAUAUAUUGCACCACCGCUGACAUCCGAGAAAAGACCCAACCUAACAUCCCUUCUCCCGAGACCGAGCCUUUGGCUUUCGGGAAGCAUAAAGAGGAGAAGCCAGAAUUAGACCCGAAUAACCCAGUUGCAAACUGGAUUCACGCGCGUUCAACAAGGAAGAAGCGGUGCCCUUAUUCAAAAUACCAGACUCUCGAACUUGAAAAGGAGUUUUUGUUCAAUAUGUACCUAACCAGAGACCGUCGAUACGAGAUGGCAAGAGUCCUCAACCUCACGGAGAGGCAGGUCAAAAUCUGGUUCCAGAACCGGCGCAUGAAGAUGAAGAAAAUGAACAAGGAAAAAACUGACCGCAACAAAGAACAAUAAUAAAGGAAUGGUUACAACAACGACAAAGGACAAAAACAAGAAUCAGACAACAGUAAAAUAACCACUAUUGCCAUGGAUAACAACAAAGAUAAACCAAAAUACAUGACGCCCCCUUCUUAAUGUUGGAUUUUGUGUUGGAUGUUGUUUUUGUUUAUGUUUUUUUAUUAACCCCACCUUCCAUGUUUGAUGCUAAAUAUUUUUUGUUUCUCCACAUGCACCUUUCCUUGUCCAGGUUUAAAAUGACCUUUAAGGAAAGAAAACAUUUGCACUUGUGAAGAUACCUGUAGGCCUAUAUGUUUACUUACACAAGGGACAUUUUAAUUAAACAUAUUUUGAACAAAUGUAUAACUGUCCCGAAGUAUAAGGAAUGGAACACUGGAAUGAUUUUAAUUUCUACCCUCCAUAAUUUAUGAUGUCCGUGCGAAUAUUCCUUACAUGUGUGUUUCUUGUGAAUGUUAUGCAGGUGUUGUGGCAUAUUUUGUACAGAAAGAGAACAUCUGCACUCUUAACAAAUGUUUGUCUGUCUUGUGUAUAUGUGGUAACGUAUCCGUUCGGUGUACCUAUUUGUGCGUUUCGUAUUAUUUUGAUUGUAUAGACACGUGCCAUUCAUUAUAGAAAGUGUAGAUAUAGACCUACUCAAAUAUAAAAAUUAUCAUGAGGCUCUUGUGUUUUCUGUAUUUUCAAGCAAUGUCUCUUAACAAAACAGACGUAGAUAUGCAUAUAGUCUUACUACCCAUGCAAACCAAUGUAAAACUAAAUAUUGCGACGUAGAGCACACAUUUGAGGCGCUUCAAAUAGACCAAGCCAGUGUAUUAAUGAUGUCAACACAAAUGCACACAAACCAGAUUUCUGUUAAUCUGGAGAGAAACAGCUUUAAUACGUUAAAUAGCCCAAUUUCCCCGCAAGUGGAAUAUUGGAAGCAGAUGGAACGUUUCCUAAUCUUCUGUUAGCAUUUCCAGGCUAGGCAGACUCUUGGGGCUACCACGCGCGCCCGUAAAUGGGUGAUUAUUUCGAGUAGGCCAACACCACAAUGACGUAACUAAAUUUAAUUUAACGAAACUUUUGUGCACUCCUUUUAUAUGCUGUUGUGACACAACUUAUAUUUGAAUGCAUUACUAUAUGUUUACAAGUCCACUAGGUAUGCACAGGCCACCACAAGUAUCCACAAACAACCACAUUUAGGUCUAAUUGUAAACAUCAAAGACAUAUAAAUCAACAUUUAGUAGUCAAAUGUUUUAUUGAACAAAUUAGAUACCGUCAUUACUCAUAACUUGGAAAAAUAUAUACAUUUAUUUCGUGAAAAAAAUGGCAGACAAACAACCGAAAUGUGGUUGUCAACUUCAUAUGCAAAUUUGACAAAUAAACCAGUGUGUCAUCACAGACCUAUCAUAUCUGUGUCACUUGAAAUACUUUUUCAAAACAGGAAUACUAACAGCUGCUGGUUAAGAUAUUAUUAUAUCUUUAACCUUUAACAAUUUGCCACAUUUUCUAAAUUGAAUAAGGCCCUAUAACGUUACGUGUUUGUAAAGCUAAGGGAAAAGUUUAGGGCCUGUAAGAAUCGUGCGACUGAGAUCCUGGAUUAAAACCUAAACCUUCUUUCAGUCAACUUGCUGAUAAGAAAAAGAAAAAAGAAAUAUUUUUACCUCAACUAAAUUACAGUUAGAAACACAUUUCGAGCCAUUGGACCUAUUUGAAAGGUAACGAAAUUAAAAUGUUCUAACGUGAAAAUAAAUUCCCAUGUCUGGCAUUUGUUUACUGGGUCUUGGCCUAAAUAGCCUUUUUGUGGUGUCGAACAAUACGGAUAGGAUGCUGUAAUUUCAAAGCCCAAUCCAGUGCAUUUCCGCACAGGACAAAAAUGCUGCG